UUUGGGCGUUGUAUCCAGCAUCUCAUUAUCAAAAGAGAACAAUUUCAUUAUCUACAUCUCUUAUCGCAAAUAAUUUAUUUUUAUUUGAGCCAGCGCGGUAUUUAUUGUUUUUCCCCGACCGGUCUAUCGCACCUUCACCUCUCGCUAUCUCUUUUCCGCGGUUUUAUUUGAAAAGAGACGCCGUUGAGAGCGAGCACGCGACGCGUCUGUGUGAGAGAGAAGCUCGCGCUCUUUGUUCAUUCAUUUGAUCUACUGGGAUUCUUUGUCGCGCGUGAAAGCAUGGGAGCGCAAAUCUCCAAAAACGGCGCAAAAGAGGAGACCGCUGCCGAUAAACCUUCAGAGGCAGUGAAUAAAUCAAACGGGCAGGAGAAUGGCCAUGCCAAAACCAAUGGGAAUGCAGAAGCCGCCACCGAGGAUGUGCAGGCCAAUGGCAAACACUCCCCUGAUGGAGAGGUAAAAGCAGAAGAAGGGAAAGCCGAGGAAGAAGGUGCCGAGAAGGCCGCUCCAGAAGGUGAUGGCGAAACCUCCGCCGUCGCAAACGGCGAGGACGCGGCCAAGCCGGAGGAAAACGGCGCCGCUUCUACGAGCAGCGAGCCUGCAAAGCAGAAAAAGCGCUUCUCCUUCAAGAAACCAUUUAAAUUGAGUGGCUUCUCGUUUAAGAAGACCGCCAAAAAAGAAGCUGAAGAGGCGGCUGCGCCGGCCGCUGCCGAGAAUGGCGAGGAGGAAAAGAAGGAUGCCGAACCCGAGUCUGCCGAGGCCAAACCCGAGGCCUCCAGCGAGGAAGCCAAGACGGAGACUCCAGCCGAGGAACCCAAAGCUGAGGAACCAACUGAAAGCAAGGAGGAGAAACCAUCCAAUGAGGUCGUCGAGGAGAAGCAAGCAGAGGCCGCACCUCAAGAACCAGCAGCUGCGGAAAGUUCGGAUGCUCCGGCUGCUGCCACUGAGUAAGAUCGAGGUGAAAAGAUGAAGUCCGAGGAGCACAAACAUGAAAAAUUUGUACAAAAACCAAUGACAUUUCAAACCUUCUGUUUUAUCCCAUGCUUUCAUUUCAUCCUUUCUUGUUCCAUCCACUACAUUGUACAUGGCAUUUUGAAGGAAGGAUGUUGGAUGGAAUGAGUGGAAAGUGAAAGGCACAGUUUUCCCAUGUUCAUCAAUUUUUUGUAGCAGUUGUGUAAGUGAUGUGAGUGUGUGUGUGUGCGCAUGAGUGAGAUUAAUAGCAUUGGUUGUUUUUCGAAACUUUUUCUUUUUUUGUAGGUGAACUAUGUUAGUGUAAUAAGGACAUUGAAUUGAAAUGUUAGUUGAAGGUACUGGUGCCAUACAGUUGGGUAAAUCAAAUGUGUGGAAAAAGUUAUCAGAAAGGACAUCAUCAAACAAUUUCCAGAUGUUGUUGGUCAGUUCUCCUUUAAUUUUAGUGUCAUCUGUUACAUGAAAUAUCACUGAAAUGGGUGCUCAGAAUCUCAAAAGCUGCAUUUGUGCAGAACGGCAGCAUUACAUAUUGGUAUUGGCUUUUGUCAUUGCUGGUUUUUAUGAUGUUGAUAAAAUGGCUUUAUAAUUUUUUUCGUAAUAUCAGUGGUAUUAAAUGAAGUAUGUUUUUUUUCAGUGAGAAUGAUGUUCUGAAAUGUUUAAGAUCAAAACUUCUGACCUGUCAUGUGUAAUGCAGUCAAAGUGGUUUUAUUCCAACACAGUUCCACAAAUGUAUGAAAUUUGCCGGUGCAAUCGUCAAGUAGAUGUUUUUUUCCUGUAAAUACUUCAGCACCAUCUCUACUUGAUUUUUAAAUGGAAUGUAACUGCGUGCAAAUUGUUCACAAUGCUUCUUUUUACCCCUGCAUUUUAGGGGCAUUCAAAACAAAAAUAAAGGAUUUAGACAGAGAA